CUCUAUGAUCGAUUAUGCUGCCAGUGCUAAAAGUGUAAGCGCGCGCCUACCGCUCCAAAAUCUGUCAGCAAAGUGCAAGCUCGGAUCAUUACGCCCUUUGAGGUCAAGUAUGCUGCUGUGUGCACCCAGCUCUAUUAUAUCUCAUCUCGCUAAGCUACUUACUUGACCAUCAUGGAACUCAUCAAUAAGGCAUUCGACAUGGUGUCCUCCUCGUGGAGUAGCAACCCAGUUCCUCGAUCAACAACCGAAAUCACUGCAGGAGUGGAAGAACGCCGGCCACCCGUCAUUUCUGGCCCAACACCUCCAUACGAACCCUGGACCCGUACCUCGAUUGGAGAUGAGUUUAUCGGCAUUCGCGGCUGGCCAUCUCGAGGAGGAGUGAUUGCUCUUGACGACGCUACUGUCGUUGAUUUCGAAUUCUUGGACAUGAAUGCACUGGAUCCGCCUCUCAGGCGCGAUACAAAUCAAACGAGGGAGGACGAGUUCUGCCAACAACUCCUGCUUCUUGGAGCAAAGUGGUAUGACAGCGAGGAACGCUACAGAUAUGUGGGUCAAGUCAAAUUUGCGGUUGAGAACGGGCUUGGGAAACGUGAGAAUGGAGAAGGCUUAUCUCCGCCGACAGAAAGGGAAAGUCGUUGGAUAUGUGUAGGCUGGCCCAGCACUGGGGGGUUGUGGGUGGCCGAGUUCGAGAUGGUAUGGGGCUUUGAAGGCGAUGAUGAAAAUUUGCCACCGAGUGAACUAGCGCUUGCUAGGGUCCGCCUGGCAAGAACGAUGGAUGAGAGAUGUUUUCUGCUCAAGACUCUCUAUGGCGCGACCUUCUAUCAAAAGCUUGAGGAUUACAAGGGGCAGGGCUUCUUGAGGGCCUGGGAAUGGAAGCGAGGGGGAGAGGUGGGCGAUCUUUUAAUGCCGAAAGAGACAAGGGAACGCUGGUUCGAAUCCAAGGGAUCGAGACGCCGUCGUGAGGAGAAGCUUGAUGUUUAAACAGUGCUGCCCAAGCGUGCACCGCACGCGGCAAGACUGGUAGUAUGGCAGCGUGUUAUGACCAAUCACAAUAAAGCGGCGC